AUGCGAUGCGCGAGCAAGGCCGCCGAGAGCGCGUCCGCACGUCUCUGUGCGGACGCCGAAGCAGAAACAACAGCAACUGAUGUCUCAUCGGUUGCUGAAGCGACUCAGCCUGUGUCACUUGGUGAUGCAGGCGCUGGUCAUGAAGACACUCAUGUCUUCACAGAGUACGAGCUCGGUGUCUCAUACUCUCCUGAUACGGAAGACGGAUCCGUAUCGACGGCGAUUGAAUCCAAGCCGCCUGCCAAGCGUGGCAUGGACGAUGCUUUGCGUCGCAGCAUCUUUGGUUCAUCUGAUGAAUCAGAUGAACCAUCGCCGAAGCGAAGGCGCUCGAGGUCGCGAGACUCGGGCGCUAACAGUGGUGUCGGUUCUCCUAUGGACACCACUUCGCAACGAGGUGCCAGUACUUCUGUCGGCACAUCGCAGGAAGAGCGGGACCGCAAUGUGUUGCGUCUCGCUCCUGAGAAGAAGGCAUGGAUGUCUCCCAAAUCCGUCAUGGAUCACUUGUCGGCGACGACGAGUGAUCGUUAUCGAACACGAUUGUUCGAUUCGUCAAGGAUCCAUCACCUUGACCCCAGCGCGAAAAACUAUCGCGCUAAGAACGAAUACUUCAUCGAUGCUUUCUUUAGACAUCGAUGGUACAGUGGGAAUCACAAGCGUGAUGGUCCCUCACUGCUUCAGGCGUGGAACGCCUACAUCCAUAACCUUGAGGAUGUAGGUCGUGACGCUUGGAACGACAAACUUAUCAAAGCUCGUGAUAAGUUUGAAAAUCGAAUUCCGACAGGUGCACGCUACAAGCUGCAUCGUCUGUCAAGGGAGAAGGGAUUACCCUGCCUCUCUUGGGGAGACUCGUGCCCAUGUUGUGUGAACAACUCUGCACGAGCACCUAAGGAGGCUUACCUCCUUACUAGCCCGUAG